UUUUAUUUAGUUGUUUUGUGAUUUAAUAAGAAUUAUGAGUACCGAGGCACCGAGAAAUCUUUUCUUUUACGAAAUAUGCAGGCUGUGCCUCGAGAACGCCGGCGCCACUGAUGUGUUCGAGUCCGGAGAGUUCCUUGAAGACAUUUUUGCAUGUACAGGUGUGAAACUUGCUCAUGCAGAUAACUUACCACACAAAGUGUGUACAAAAUGUCUAGAUAUAGUGAAAAGCUCAAAGGAGUUGAGAAUACUUGCCAAGAAGAAUGAUGCACAUUUACGCACUUUAUUUGGCGAUGUUGAUUCUGACGCUGAAACUGUUAUCCUUGAGCCUAGCACUCGGACAACCCAUGACACUGCAUCUAAAGCAGGAUCUGAGACUUCAGAAAGCAGUAGACAUCCUAUAAGCUCAAAAGAGAAAUUAAGUGUUCUCCUACAAGAAGGCGAAGUAGAAAACAGCACUAAGAGUCCUACUAAAAGGAAAAGUCCAGAAAGAAUAUUAAAAGUGAAAGUGGAAGAAGAAAAUCGAUGUAAACGGAGCAAGACAGGAGAUAAUGAUGAAGUCAUAUUUCAUUGCAAUGACUGCGACAAAAGCUUUGACAAAUACAAAAAGCUAUACCUACACCAGAGAUUGCAUAACAAGAAGAUCUUCUGCCCCCUAGACGCCUGCGGCAAAAAGUUCGCCACCAAAGGCGACAUGGAAAAGCAUAUCCGGACACACACGGGGGAGAAACCAUUUAAGUGCAAACAAUGUGACAAGAAAUUCGCGCAGCGCGUAAGCUUAAGGCAGCAUAUCUCGAGCUUACACAGCCCUGAUGAAGAUGAUGAUGACUGA